GCGCAGCUUACGCUCAAACCACGCCCCCGUCCGGCUCUGGACCUGCGGAGACUGCAGCAGACAGGUGACGCUUAUGCACGGUCCAGAGUAAAUGACAUUUUGUGUGACUGGCAGCUGUAAUAAUGAUACGAAUCUUACGGAGGCGUGGACUGAGCCUCUUAUCACCGCCGCAUCAACAAACUGAGCGCAGUCUGCGGCGGUUUUAGCGGUGCGUAACUGUUUAAGGGCGUCGACGCUCUUUGUGAACGCCUGCUCCACACAGACUACACUCUGUUUAUUCGGUAAGAGGAGCUGAAGAGGAGCUGUCCCCAGGAGCAUCCCGCACUAGGACACAUCUCCCGCACCACAGCACCAUGUUCGAGGCGAGGGGGAUCCCCUUUGUGCUUUUAGACCUGGUCUGUCUGGUCCUGGGGGGUCUGCCUUUGGCAGCCUUUAACCUGGGUAAAGUCCGUCCAUACCAAAGAGGCUUUUUCUGUAACGAUGACAGCAUCAUGUACCCAUAUCACGACAGCACUAUUACCUCCACAGUGCUCUACUCUGUGGGCUUCACUCUGCCCAUUAGCUGUAUGAUCAUUGGAGAGUGCCUUUUAGUUUUUUUUAACAAACUCCAGUCCAAAUCCUCCUUUGGCAGCUAUGUUGCCUGUAUUUACAAAGCUGUGGGGACCUUCCUUUUUGGUGCUGCUAUGAGCCAGUCACUGACAGAUAUAGCCAAAUAUUCUAUCGGUCGUCUCCGGCCGCACUUUCUGGACAUCUGCAGACCAGACUGGAAACUCAUCAACUGCUCUACGGGGGCUUACAUCGAGGACUACACCUGCACGGGAGACCCACACAAAGUCCAAGAGGGCAGGUUAUCGUUUUACUCUGGCCACUCCUCUUUUUCCAUGUACUGCAUGUUGUUCCUGGCUCUUUAUCUGCAGGCUCGACUUCAAGUUGAGUGGGCGCGACUGCUCCGUCCUACGCUGCAGUUUUUCCUCAUAGCAGCGUCUGUUUAUACAGGACUGUCCAGGGUAUCAGAUUAUAAACACCACUGGAGCGACGUGCUGACUGGUCUCCUACAGGGGGCGCUCAUGGCAAUCCUAGUGGUCUUUUUUGUCUCAGACUUCUUUAAACCUUUAGAAAAUACCAAAAAACACAAAGACAUCCCACACACAACGCUUCAAGAAGGAGCAACCAACGGAAAUCACUUGGAAAGUCCAAACUAAGAUGAUAUACCUCUACUUUGUUCAAGCGCACACCCAAAAUCCCUGCUUGGCCUUGAAUCUUAUGUUUUCUCUUUGCAUGGAUCACCCAAGACUAAGCUCCUUCAACAGCGACAGGGCUUGCUCGUUGAAGCAAAAUCUGAGGAGGAAUAUUUCUGCAGAGAUGCUAUUCUGAUGGCAAAAACCUCUUAUAACAUAGCGUAUACUCAAAACCGCUGCAACUAUUUAUCUGCAUGAACGCACUGAAGGGCAAAACCACUGCUAAAAGAGAGAAAUGUCUGUGAAUAUAUAAAUCUGAGCAAUAGGGCUUUAACUAUUAUUCACACUGGCUUCCCUUUUAAACGCAACUAACCACGUUUCAACACUGCGUCUUUUGAAUGUACUACAUGUGGUCACCUGGACGUGUUUUUUGUUGUAUUUAUUAUAUUUUACGUAUCUUUAUUCUUCUCAUGACGCUGCAUGCUACAAACAAAAUACACUCCAGAUAUAUGCUACGUGUAAAUCCAAGUCUCCUAUUGUGAGAGCAAAGGUUUAAAAAUGUAUUUAUCAUUUGGCUUGUUGGCCAGUGUUCAUGUCAAGCUUUGAGUGUAAUUAUUAUGGACUUGUUUUUUUAUAUUACUGUAAGUCCACAUGCUCAUCAUUUCUGGAUUCAGCCUGCAUAUAUAAACAGAAUUGCCUUAACUUCAAUUGUAGAUUUCAGGUUGUAAAGUGCUAAACUUACACUAAAAAAAAACUUCUAUUGUCCAAAUUCCAUUCCACGUUUCUCCAUUAUAAGUCUUCAAAUAACAUCUGUACCUUGUAUUAAGACUGUUACUUGAGAAGGAUGAUUGAUAAUGAACCGGGGCCACGCAAAACUACAAUUUUGAAACAUUUGGCUUAUUUGUUCAUGAGGUGUCCAGUGUUGCCUUUACAGAAUGUAAAACUGCUGUCAGAACUUCAGGUGUUUCUUAUUAAUACUAA